ACGCCUGACAGGAAAGGUUAGUUCGUAAAGAGAGACAGAACAACACACAUCGGUUAAAUAACUACAAUUUUAACCGAAAAACACGAACACAGCGCGUCAGAUUAAUAACCAACUAUUAAAAUCCGCGGACUGGAAGGGAUUUGCUUCAGAGAUCUGUGGUGAUGAUCGAAAACCGACGGAAGUAACUUCAGCUCGUCUGUGUCUGAAUGCCAAAGCUUGCGGUCAUGGAGCUGGGCAGGCAGCUUUGUGGGAAGAUGAAGAAACAGAAGAAGGCUGACCUGGCCAUCCCUGCGAUCAUGAAAGGCCUGGAGAUUCACUUCUAUCUGCCCGACACGCACCAACUGGAGUACUUUAAGGACUGCCACACCGCCGAGGACCUGUGCGUCGAGGCUGCCAAGAGAUGCCGAAUCUCACCCCUGUGCCAUAAUCUGUUCGUCCUGUACGAGGAGAGCCAGAAUCUCUGGUAUGCACCCAAUCACGUGUUCAAGAUCACCGAGGACACCAGUAUUAAGCUCCACUACCGUAUGAGGUUUUACUUCACAAACUGGCACGGCACGUCCGAGAACGAGUCUCCGGUGUGGCGGCACUCUCUGAGCAAACAGAAGGGAUCGAAAGGCCCUGAAGGGACGCCUCUGCUCGACGCCGCCUCGCUGGAUUACCUGUUUGCGCAGGGGCAGUAUGACUUCCUCAGAGGCCUGGCGCCCGUGCGAAGCCCCCAGAGCGAGGCGGAGCUCCACGAGAUAGAAAACGAAUGCCUGGGCAUGGCCGUCCUCGCCAUCACCCAUCACGCCAAGAGCAACAACCUGCCGCUGUCAGGAGCCGGCUCCGAAACCAGCUACAAGCGCUUCAUCCCGGAGAGUCUGAACCGCACCAUCAAGCAGCGCAACAUCCUGACCCGCAUGCGCAUCAGCAACGUCUUCAAGAACUUCCUGAACGAUUUUAACAGCAAGACCAUCCGGGACAGCAACAUCACGCUGUACGACCUGAUGGUCAAGUACCUGUCCACCCUGGAGACGCUGACCUGGGGCCUGGGCAGAGAGGUAGCGCGGCCCCGGGGCCUGCGCGUGUGCGGGGAGGGCGAGAGCUCGCCCUCGCACAGUCCUGCCACGGGGGACGAGGGAGCGGGCCACGAGGUCCAGGUGUGUGGCACCACGGGCAUCUCGUGGAGGAAGAGGCCUCAGCUGAACGUCCUGAGCGCCAAAGACAAAAGCAAAUCUCGUAAGAACAAGUCGGACGGCACACAGAAGAACGAGAAGAAGAAAGAUCUCAGCAGCGACUGGAUCCUCUUCUCCGACUUCAACGAAAUCACCCACAUUGUAAUCAAAGAGUCCUUCGUCACCAUAUACAGACAAGACUACAGGACGCUGGAGCUGGAGCUGGAGUACCGCGACGAGGCUCUGGCUUUCGCCGCUCUGGUCGAUGGGUAUUUCAGACUGACCGUGGACGCCCAUCACUACCUCUGCACUGAGGUGGCGCCCUCCUCUGUGGUGCAGAACCUGGAGAACAGCUGCCACGGACCCAUCAGCACCGAGUACGCCGUUCACAAGCUGAGGCAGGAGGGUAACGAAGAGGGUUCCUACGUCCUGCGCUGGAGCUGCACGGACUACGAUUACAUAAUCAUGACCGUCGUGUGCAUGGAGAUGGACCUGUGCCAGUCCAGACCCGUCCCCCAGUAUAAGAACUUCCAGAUCGAGGUGGGCACCCAGGGCUACAGGCUGUUUGGGACGGAGACGUUCAGGCCCAGUCUGAAGGAGCUGGUGGAGCAUCUGCAGGGUCAGAGCCUGCGUACGGAAAACCUGCGCUUCCAACUGCGCCGCUGCUGCCCCCCACAGCCCCGAGAGGUUUCAAACCUGCUGGUGAUGACCUCAGACAGAGAGCCGGUCCCACAGAGGCAACCUCAGGUCAGCCAGCUGAGUUUCCACCGCAUCCUGAAAGAAGAGAUUGUCCAGGGGGAGCACUUGGGUCUGGGAACCCGGACCAACAUCUACGCCGGCGUGCUGAAGAUGAAGAGUGAGGAUGACGAUGACUUGGGAGGUUACAGUACGUCACAGGAAAUGAAGGUGGUGCUGAAAGUGCUCGGCCCCGGACACAGAGACAUUUCUCUGGCUUUCUUCGAGACGGCCAGCAUGAUGCGACAGGUCUCGCACAAGCACAUCGCCCUGCUGUACGGAGUGUGUGUGCGUAAUCAGGAGAACAUCAUGGUGGAGGAGCUUGUGCAGUUCGGUCCUCUGGAUCUGUUCAUGCACAGACAGACGGCUCCUCUCAGCACGCAGUGGAAGUUUCAGGUGGCCAAGCAGCUGGCGAGCGCCCUCAGUUACCUGGAGGAUAAGAAGCUGGUGCAUGGCUACGUCUGUUCUAAGAACAUUCUUUUGGCUCGAGAUGGUUUGGACAGUGAGGGUGGACCCUUCAUUAAGCUCAGUGACCCUGGCAUCCCCAUCACUGUACUCAGCAGAGAGGAGUGUGUGGACAGGAUCCCCUGGAUCGCUCCCGAGUGUGUGCACGACACGUCGAGCCUGAGCGUAGCGGCCGAUAAGUGGGGCUUCGGAACGACACUGUGGGAGAUAUGCUACAAUGGAGAGAUCCCCCUGAAAGAUAAGAAACUCGCCGAGAAGGAGAGGUUCUAUGUGGCUCAGUGCCAGUUGGCCACGCCAGACUGUCAAGAACUCGCCAAGCUCAUGACCCACUGCAUGACCUACGACCCUCACCAGAGACCCUUCUUCAGGGCCAUUGUCCGAGACAUCGACAUGGUGGAGAAACAGAAUCCCUCUAUUAAGCCAGUACCCACUCUGGAGGUCGACCCAACAGUAUUUGAGAAAAGAUUCCUCAAGAAGAUCAGAGAUCUGGGAGAGGGGCAUUUCGGGAAGGUAGAGCUGUGCCGAUACGACCCGCGGGGGGAUCGGACGGGGGAGCUGGUGGCGGUCAAAUCCCUGAAACCGGAGAGCCGAGAGGAGAAGAGCAGCAACCUGUGGGGUGAAAUCCGCAUCCUGAGGGAACUCUACCACGAGAACAUCGUCAAAUACAAGGGCAUCUGCCAGGAGGAGGCUGGCAGAGCUACCAAGCUCAUCAUGGAGUAUUUGCCAGCUGGCAGUCUGAAGGAGUACCUGCCCAGAAACAGAGCCCAGACGGAUCUGAAGACCCUGAUCAGAUAUGCCAUUCAGAUCUGCCAGGGUAUGGAUUACCUGGGAUCUCGGAAUUACAUCCAUCGAGACCUGGCUGCUCGGAACGUGCUGGUGGAGAACGAGAGCACGGUAAAGAUUGGAGACUUUGGUCUGACUAAAAGCAUUAAAGACAAUGAGGGAUACUACACAGUGAAGGACGACCUGGACAGUCCUGUCUUCUGGUAUGCUCCAGAGUGCCUGGUGCACUGCAAGUUCUACAGGGCUUCAGACGUCUGGUCAUUUGGAGUGACCAUGUACGAGCUCCUUACUUACUGCGACACCUCCUGCAGCCCCAUGGUGGUGUUCCUCAACAUUAUCGGACGAUCCCAGGGCCAGAUGACCGUCACGCGACUGGUUCGAGUUCUAGAGGAAGGGAAGAGGUUACCCAAGCCAGACGACUGCCCAGACAAGGUGUACGCCUUGAUGAGGAAGUGCUGGGAGAGCACGCCCGACAAAAGGAUCGACUUCAAAGGCCUCAUCGCCGCUUUUCAGCAGAUGCUCGCCGACGGCCCGUAACCAUGGAGAUCCGCAUCGCUGGGCGCCCGGCCCGAGACCGUUUCGCUCAUUUUACAGGGAAAAAAUAUUUCAUACUCACACGCUGUAUUUCACCGGAUUACGAACGCGGUGGAAACGGUACGGUCUCAUCACCGUCGCCCGCCUGCACAGUCUCCGCUCGACGCCUUUGCACCCGCUUUCGAUGCGUUUUUCUAUCCCGGGAACUUUCGCGCAGGCUUGGGGACGACGGGAGAGAACGAGGUUAAGAAAGGACAACCAUCGUACCAUAAUUUCUUUGCGUUCCUUUAAAUAACUAAUCCCCACUUUUAAAGACCGAUCAGACUCGUAGUUUGGAACGUGCAUGGCAGCGUUAUUGCCGUGCGUCGUAAUGGACAUCGGCCUCCAGUAGGCGCUAGAGGACGGUAAAGCUUUUAGAUGACCAUAAAUACCACUUAUACUACGUAAUAAUCCAUGUAUUCCUGCUCAAGUCUCGUGCAAAAGCAAAAUAGCGUUUUAAAUCCAGGCGAAGCUGAGCCGAAAUAUUUAAUAUUCUUUAUUUUUAUCGUGCGGAUGAUUUCGGGGCCAGUAUGCAUUAUUAUAAUGUCGCAUUAUGUGUUUAUAUUAUCUGUUUAUUUUAGCUUCGGCCGUAUUCGAGCACGUGCUUAACCGACACACAGGGGCGUCCAGACUUAACCUAAAAAAACUUGUGCAAACACGGGGCUACGGACUCUUUUAUAGUCGGGUCGUUCCUACAGUUCGGUGCCUUUUGUGUCUCCAGUACUGAAGUAGAUUUUAAACAAUACAGUUUCUAAACAUCUUACUGAAAUAAUGAACGCUUUCAAAUACUAAACACGAUGUUUUCUACCCCCCCCACCACCGCCCAAAAACAAUAAAAUGACUGUAUACAUUUUACACUGUGUUUAUCUGUUAGAUAGCAGAGGUUUCCCCAUGUUCCCAGUGCUGUACAUUCUGAUUUAGUGAUGAUAUAUGAGAUUUAAUCAUGAAAAUAUCUCAGUCUUUCAAUACUGUUUUAAAGGUUUUGAUUAAGUCCCUCUAAACCCUGGAUUUUUUUAUUUUACGAGUUUGAUUUUAUUCCUGAUUAUAAAUAAGGGUUUUUCACACGUCCCUCAAGUUGCCGUCCACCCUGUUAUCUCUUACUACUGUCUCUUAUAAAAUGAGGAGCUGUUUUGAGCUCACAUGGGGGGGGGAAAGAAGACUCCCCGAGUUUUAGAUUUGCUUUACUUAACAGCAGGACGACUUAAAUCUUACUUCCAAAAUACCUCGCGAGCCGUGAGCCGUGGUUUGGACGCCCCUGGUGUAUAUGUAUAUGUGUGGGAGUUAAACAAGAUGGCACAGCAAGAGAGAAAAGAAAAGAACAGAACAGACAGGCGGCCCGGCUUCUUUUUUUUAAUUUUUAUUGCAUUUUUUUUGUAUUGCGGAAUGUAAAAGAAUUUUCCUCCAGAAGAAUAAGCCAGAAAAUAUCCAAUAAAGAAAAUGUACAGAAAUAUAAACGAAUAAAUACAAA